CCAGAGUGUGUCUCAGAUUGCCGGCGAGUGUGUGUGCAUCGGUGCAUUGCUGUGUGUGUGAAUGUGUGUGUGACUCCAGUGCUCUCUCUGCAUACGACAGGUGGAGAUGACAUGACUGCGCUCGAGAGGAAGAAAGGGAAGGACCUACGCGGUCAGCAAGUGUUUUUGCGUCCAGAGGAGAGUUCAGCUCCAGCUCUGACUACCAGACAGUCCACCACGUUGUCCGAACAACUCCAGGAUGCUUUGCUGCGGCUGGCAGCGGUUGUUGACGCACGCUCGCUGCGAGUCGCCCUUCGAGACAGCAUACAGGAACUGCUACUCAGCACGGAGUGUGUAUGCGUCUACAUGCUGGAGGGAGACUCGAGGCUGCUAUCUGACGACCCACCACAUGAACUGCCGCUGGAGGGAAAGAUCAGGAGUAUCGCAGAUCAGCUGAAGCGAAGUCAGUGUGCCGGCCUUCCCCCAUCGGAACUGCCAGAAAAAUACAGAACCUGCCUCGCAGCACCGUUAGCAGCACACAGAAGAGCUGUUGUCAUUCCUAUAUUGGACCAGGAGCGGGACAAGGCCAUCGCUGUCUUACUGGUGGGCUGUAAUCCGCUAUCUGAUCAGGAUGAACUGCAUCUUAACAUGCUGGAAAAACAUGCCUCAGUGGCGUGUGUGCGAGUCCAGGCUGUGCAGGUGUCCUACCAGAGGCCUCCCCUCAGCCCGUCACCCAUACAGUCCCACAAUGCACUGCUGCACCUCAACGUCUCGGAGCAGGACUACUGCGAGCUGGACCGCAACAUUCUGCAACUCUGUGGUGAGCUUUAUGACCUUGAUGCAGCCUCUCUCCAGCUGAAAGUCAUCAAUUAUCUGCAGCAGCAGACUCAGUCACAGUGUUCUUGUCUGCUACUGGUGUCCGAGGACAACCACCAGCUGUUUUGCCAGGUAGUUGGAGACAAAGUGCUGGAAGAGGAGAUCAGCUUCCCGCUGAUGUUUGGACGUUUCGGUCAGGUUGUUGAGAAGAAGAAGUCAAUUACUCUUCAGGACAUCAGUGCUGAGGAGCGUAGGCAGCUGUCCAGUAUGUUAGGCUGUGAGAUCUCCUCCAUGCUCUGUGUCCCAGUGGUCAGCAGGGCCACUGGGCAGGUGGUGGCGCUAGCAUGCGCUUUCAACAAGGAGGGUGGCCAGAGACACACAGAGGCCGAUGAGCAUGCCAUCCAGCACUGUUUCUGCUACACUUCAACAGUACUCACUUCAACUUUGGCCUUCCAGAAAGAACAGAAACUCAAAGUGGAGUGCCAGGCACUCUUACAAGUGGCCAAGAAUCUCUUCACACACUUGGAUGAUGUGUCAGUGCUGUUACAGGAAAUUAUAGUGGAGGCCAGGAACCUCAGUGAUGCAGAGAUCUGUUCAGUCUUCCUGCUGGAUCGUGUCAGUCAUGAGCUGGUGGCGAAGGUGUUUGACGGGGGAGUGGUCAGUGACGAAGAGAAUGAGUUUCGUAUCCCAGCAGAUCAGGGUAUUGCGGGCCACGUGGCGACCACUGGUCAGAUCCUAAACAUCAAGGACGCCUACUCCCAUCCUCUCUUCUACCGUGGCGUUGACGACAGCACCGGCUUCAAGACUCGCAACAUCCUCUGUUUCCCCAUCAAAGAUGAGAACAAUGAGGUCAUUGGGGUGGCUGAGUUGGUGAAUAAAAUGAACGGGCCAUGGUUCAACCGCUUCGAUGAGGAUCUGGCCACAGCUUUCUCCAUUUACUGUGGUAUCAGCAUUGCCCAUUCUCUGCUCUACAAGAAGGUCCAUGAAGCUCAGUUCAGGUCCCACCUGGCCAAUGAAAUGAUGAUGUACCACAUGAAGGUCUCAGAAGAAGAGGUAUCUAAGCUGCUGGUGACGGGGAUUGAGCCAGUGAAGGAGAUCUAUCCCUGCUUCGCCGAGUUCACAUACACGCCUCGCUCCCUGCCCGAUGACACCACACCCAUGUGCGUCCUCAGCAUGUUUGAAGAUAUGGGUUUCAUCAACACAUACAAGAUUGAUCUGCACACUCUUGCCAGGUUCUGUCUGAUGGUGAAGAAAGGCUACAGAGACCCUCCCUACCACAACUGGAUGCACGCCUUCUCUGUUUCACACUUCUGCUACCUGCUCUACAAAAACCUAGGGCUGUCCAACUACCUCGAGGAUAUAGAGAUUUUAGCUCUCUUUGUCUCUUGUAUGUGCCAUGAUCUGGACCACCGUGGCACCAACAAUUCUUUCCAAGUCGCCUCGCAAUCUGUGCUGGCUGCUCUCUACAGCUCAGAGGGUUCUGUGAUGGAGAGACAUCACUUCGCCCAGGCCAUCGCCAUUCUGAACACUCAAGGCUGCAACAUCUUUGAGAAGUUCUCCAGGAAGGACUACCAGCGCAUGCUGGAUUUGAUGAGAGACAUCAUUCUGGCGACGGACCUGGCUCACCACCUUCGCAUUUUCAAGGACUUGCAGAAGAUGGCUGAUGACGGAUACAAUCCAAAAAGCCGUACCCAUCGUUCCAUGCUGCUGUGCCUGUUGAUGACUUCGUGUGACCUGUCAGACCAAACCAAGGGCUGGAAAACCACACGCAAGAUUGCUGAGCUGAUUUAUAAAGAGUUCUUCUCUCAAGGAGAUCUGGAAAAAGCCAUGGGGAACAGGCCCAGCGAGAUGAUGGACAGAGAAAAAGCGUACAUCCCAGAACUACAAAUAAGCUUCAUGGAACAUAUCGCCAUGCCCAUCUACAAGCUGCUAUCUGAACUGUUUCCUGGGGCCACUGAGCUGUAUGAGAGAGUGGCGGCAAAUCGGGAGCAGUGGACCAAAGUGUCCCACAAAUUCACCAUCCGUGGGUUGCCUAGCAACAACAGCCUAGACUUCCUGGACCAGGAAUACGAGCUUCUGCAGUCCCAGGGUGCUUUCGGGAGCGACGACCACUGCCUCAACGGUUGCCUUGACGAUGCAGAGGGAGGGAAGGGUCAGUGACAACAGCGGGCUGCCAACAGUUUCCUGAAGUUUUCUGUGGUCCAAUAAGAGGCUAAAGAUACCUUUUUACCGACCUAAGAGGGAGGGGUCUCUCUGCUGUCGAUCACUUAGAUGCUUAGCAGGCCAUGCAGAAUGGACAGGACAAAGUUUCAAACCAAUUGAAUCACACAAGUGAUUUGAAACGAGUGGAUCCAUCUGAGCCGGUUCAGUGAUUAGAUACGUCAUGUUGCUUGUGUCUCCUGUUCAGGAAAGCAGAAGGUGGUGACUUUGUCUUUUUCAGCAGCUAUACUGGAAAAAAUAAGUUUUUAACACAAGUUAAUUCAUACAGUCCUGAUUAAGAUUGUAAAAACACACACACACACACACACACUGACACACAUAUGUACAUGCACAUACUGUUUACAGUACAAGACACACAGACAAGACAGAGAAAAAACAAUUCAUUGUUAUGGAUAAAGUGCUAUUCUUUCUGUAAAAUGUUUCACAAUAGGUUAUAUUGAUUUAGAUGGCUCAGCUUUGUUCACACACAAUCCGCUGCCAUAGUCCCUCACCUGAUGCUUAUGAAUGCAUGCUGUUUGGACACCUCAUGUAUUAUUCCUUUUAUCUGGGUCAGUGUUGAUUUCUCCAUGGCUAAGAAAUUAAUGCAGUCCAUUUUUAUACCACCAGGACAGAUUUUUGUACUCAGUAUAUUUAAUUAAUUCGUGGUCAUGAAGUUGUACAAGGGAGAUUUUGUUCAUUUGCUUAGACAACAUUUUAACCCUCAUAUGUACUGAUUCGCUUAUCCUCAUUUUUGGGUUGUUUAAGGGACAAUUUGACAAUCACUAAUCAAUGACAGAGUCAGCCAUGACACCCCACUAGUUUACUUGCAUGCCACUGCAACAAGAAUGCAUCUACACCUCAAACAAAGGCCACCUGACCUUAAGCCCACCAGUAGUUUAUUUUGCUAGCCUUUAUUUCCACUCCCUUGCACCUCUUUCUCUUUAUUUUAUUUUUUAGUUUACUGAUUUACUCAGUAAACCACUUUAGAUUGAGAGCAACCGAAGCCCUUUAAAAGAUCCAUCUCAUCUGUUAGUGUAAACUGCCAGAGUAGAGCGUGUUAUAUGGAGUGUGUCAUAUGGAUCUGCCUUAUUGCGCAUCUUUGCUGCCUUUCUUAGAGCUUUUAAUAUAUGAAAACUGAAAUAAAGUGUCUGUUUAGUAUGUAUGUUGUCUGUUGUUAUAGACAUAGAUUGAGUAUCAACGUGUUGACUGAAUGAUCACCAUGCUCAGAAGAUGUAUAUUUGUGAAAUAACUGUGUGAAGACCUCAGAUGUCAUCAUUUCACUUCUUUUUAUUCUAAGAUAUGUGUACAACCACCAGUGGAUUUUCGGCAGACACAACAGCAGUUUUUCAGUUGUCAGUGCACCCAAUUGUUUUCAAGAAGGAACUAAAGCUGUAGCCAUCACAGAAAUUACUGUUUCCUGAAAGCAUCAACAGGUCACUAUUGCUGCACAGAGUUAGAGUUAUGUUCUCAGAUUUUGCCUCGUAGUAAACCUGACAUUUUGGAGCUGCGGGGUUUUGUGUAACAAUACACCUUUUUCAGUUUUCCCUUACAAUGUUUUAAAUAGGAAGUGCUACAAAAUUAUGGUAAGAUAACCACAGAAAAGUUACACAAAGAGAAACUUCUGAAAAGGACACCACUGCACGUAGGCAGUGUGUGGAGGGAUGAGGGUUAGUGAGCAAAUGAGUGGAUGGACGUGUGGGUGAGUAGAUGAGAGAGAGGGGACUGGAGGUAGUUGAAGAGAAAUGUUUGGUAUAACCAGUCUUUACAGAGCUGCUGUUCACAGAGAUGAAGCAGACACAAAUCUCCAGUGAUCUGCUAGAAUUUCUUAAAAUAUCUCCCUUUAUGCAGCUCCGAUAAUGUUAGUGAAGGUAGAUCAAAGGAAAAAUAUUGCAAUCAUAGGAUUUAAUUAUAUAAUUCUUCUGCGAAAGCGUCUUAGGGGGUACAUUAGGGAGGAAGGUUAAUUGGUUAGCAAAGUGGUUUGAUGUAUGUGUUAUACCUACACUGGGAAAUGCAUUGUCACGAUUGGAUGAAAUCGUUUGAUCUGCCUUGGUGUGCUACAUGAACUGAAUAUUUUUUACAAUAAAGUUUUUAAAGGGCAUACAGAUGUGUUUGUAGAAGAGCCACCCUCUCUCUCUUUCUCAAGCUCUUUCUCUCACAUGUGGUUUUCCCAUUUCUGUUAUUUUUAAACCACUGUUUCAUACGUACCUGCCUUUUUCAUGUGCAAUAUGAAGUGUCUGUCUCUGUGAUGUUGCAUAGAUUUCUAUGUAAAUACCUAUGCCUCUUGUUAAAUAAUUACUUUAGGUCUGGGUUCCCAAAGGCAUUUAAGAGUUAGACCCUGAUGUUUCCAUUUAAAAAAGUCAACUGAGUGCUUGCUUCUCUGGAUGCAUUUGAGAGUCCAGACCUAAGACAGUUUUCUAUACUGAGUGUGUAUCUGUCACUUUAUGUUUGUUUUUGAAAGUCAGGGCUAAAUGUGCCAAGCAAGCAUUUUCUACUUCCUGGCCAAGCUGCAAACUGAAAAACAGACAAAACUUGUUGUUCUCUAAUGUUGGUGUAUUGACGAGGGCUGUCUUCAUGUAAAACUUUUCUGAUACAUCAUGACCAGAUCAGAAAUUGCAGCUAAUCCAGGAACUAUGAACCCAAUCUAUUUUCCAUCAUCCCAGAGCAGCAGGACUCUAACCUGUGAUGUAAUGUCAUUGUAAUGAUCACCUGUGACAUAAUUGUUAAAAGUGGCAAAAAUAUAAUUGCUGUAAAUAUCAAAGUUUUAAAAGAAGAUGUUACUUGAUUUUCUGUCAUUAUUACAAUGGGAAGUAUUUAAAUUCUGUAAUGUAUUUAAAGUGGUUGCAUCCUGUUCUCUUUUUUUAUGCCAUUUUUGAACAACUCCAAGCUUAGAUGUUUAGACAGAAGGGAUGAAAGAAAAAUAAAUGUGUAUUUAGGAUAUACAUAUGAUAUUCUACCACAAAGAAGAACCCAAACUAAAUGAAUCUGUAUAAAUGACACUUAUACUGAGGACUAAAUCCAGCCAUCUGUUAAUUAUUUGUUUUGUUGAGUUCUGAUGCUGGUGGUCUUGAUCUUCUUCAGAUGUAAUGAACAAGUACAUUUUUGACAAAUAGAUGAAAUUUAGAUUAUUUUUUUUCUUUCUUGGAAUAAAUCUGGUGAAAGCUU